AAAAAAAUAUCUACAUCCAGCGAUUUUUUGGAGUAGAUAUUUCUUUGUUUGUGAUUUGUACAACGUAUAACUUUGUGUUUUUUCAGGUUUAGAAAAUAUUAUUCUGCUUAACCAAAACAAACGAAAUGAGCAAUUCGACAACUGCGGCGCCACCUACCGGAGUCUCAAUGCGACGGAUAGCGAUACUAGGUGUCGUAACAACAACAGCAACAUUGAUAGCAGCUUAUCUGGUCGGAGCGCUUUUGUUUUACGAACUAAGAUUUAAAGAAUCCGCGAUACGGCGCAAGAGAGGCGGACAGGAGAAAUAUGGCCACUUGAUGCGCAAGAGCACAAUAGCAGCGGCAACUUUCGGGAUGUUGACAUUUCUAUCCCAAACCUUUCAAAUCUUCCUAGACCUCCAAAAUGACGUCAUGUUUUGUGACGUAUUGGUGAAAAUCGACUUCACUCUGACUAACUUCAUUUUCAUCUCUGUCUACGCGCUGCUGUGGUUACGUCAGAGGUCAAUAUACGUCAGCGCUAGCACACGUCAUCUUACUACGUCAUGCACACGUAGCUUAAGCGUGGUAACAUUGGUGGUAAUGUUCGCGAUAGCCAUUAUCAACCCAGCGGUCUUCGAUGCCACACAAUGGUUCAAACGAACAAGGUUUGGAUGCAAGCUGGAAACCUCAGCCUUCCCCGACCAAUACCAUUGGGCAGCUUUAGCCAUCACAACUUUAAUCUUCCACGCUGUGCUUCUUGCUUUAUUCGUACACCCUCUUGUGCGCCAUCGCGCGGGCAUGAAAUCUCGUUCCAAAAUAGUCAGCAAGAAAGCCCAAGAUAUCAUGCAAGUUAUCAAGCGAGCAUUCUACUUGGCCCUCGUGUGCGUCAUCUCUGACGUCAUAGUCGUGGUUGUCAAGGUAGCGGUUGUCACGGAGAUUGACGUCAUACCUCAAAUCGUAGCUGACGUCAACCUAUUGUUAAACAUCUGUUGCGUCAUAGCUACGUUUAUCGAUUGGAGGGAAAGGGUUUUCCCUUGCAUCGAGAUUGGGUCGACUACGUCAUCAGAUAUGACGUCACGCCGUGAUGACGUCACAUACUCGGGAACAAAGCUGAUGACAGUGUCGGCACGUGAAGGGCAGGUUGAACAAACAACAGUGACGUCGAUACACGAGAAUUGAACAUUAUGACGUCACAAACAUUAUGACAUCACAAAGUUACUUAUUAUACACGAAUGCUUGCGUAUUAUGACAUAACAAUGUAUUCGGAUAUCGCAGUUAUUGUAACCCUGCUUGGGGAUUUCCGCUGCUGAGCUUGAAAUAUGUUUUCUAUGUUAAAAUAAACAGAAACACCGAUCAAGCGAG